CGCAGGAGUCCAUUUUAGCGGGGCAGCCCCGGCCCAGGGCCGGCGGCGGGAAGGGCCGUCAGCCUCCCGCGGGGACCCGCAGCGCCCGGCGGGGCGGGGGAGAGCCGGCCCGGGGAGGGAGAGAGGCGUGAGCCAUCCCACAAACACACGCUGAGAGCUUGUGGCAGCAGAGAGCAGCGUUUGGGUUGGAUUCUCCCCCCACCCCCCUCCUCCGUCUCCUUUUUUUUUUCUUUUUUUUUUUCUUUUUUUUUUUUUCCUUUUCUCUCCAAAAAACAUGGCUGAAGCUGGGAUGGGCUUUUUGGAACAGCUCAAGUCUUGCAUCGUCUGGUCCUGGACUUAUCUCUGGACGCUGUGGUUCUUCAUCAUGCUCUUCCUCGUCUACAUCUUAAGGGUGCCGCUGAAGAUCAAUGACAAUUUAACCACAGUGAGUAUGUUUUUGAACACUUUAACUCCCAAGUUCUACGUUGCCCUGACAGGCACAUCCUCAUUAAUCUCGGGACUUAUUUUGAUCUUCGAGUGGUGGUACUUCCGCAAGUACGGCACGUCCUUCAUCGAGCAGGUCUCGGUGAGCCACCUGCGCCCCCUGCUGGGCGGGGUGGACAACAGCGCGCCCAGCGCCGCCAGCGCCGCCGGCGGGGACGCGGACGCGAACCGGCAGAGCGUCUCCGAAUGCAAAGUCUGGCGAAAUCCUUUAAAUCUGUUCAGAGGAGCUGAAUAUAAUCGGUAUACAUGGGUAACAGGGAGAGAACCUUUGACUUACUACGAUAUGAAUCUUUCCGCACAGGACCAUCAGACAUUCUUUACAUGUGACACAGAUCAUUUACGACCUGCAGACGCUAUAAUGCAAAAAGCCUGGAGAGAGAGAAACCCUCAAGCCCGAAUUUCUGCAGCACAUGAAGCUUUGGAAUUGAAUGAGUGUGCUACUGCCUAUAUUCUCUUAGCUGAAGAGGAAGCAACAACAAUUGUAGAAGCAGAGAAGCUGUUCAAGCAAGCUCUGAAAGCUGGAGAGGGCUGUUACAGGCGCAGUCAGCAGUUACAGCACCAUGGUGCCCAGUAUGAAGCCCAACACAGAAGGGACACCAAUGUGUUAGUAUAUAUUAAAAGGAGGCUGGCAAUGUGUGCAAGGAAGCUGGGAAGGACCAGGGAAGCAGUGAAAAUGAUGAGAGAUUUGAUGAAGGAGUUUCCUCUGCUCAGCAUGUUCAACAUCCAUGAAAACCUGCUAGAGGCUUUGUUGGAACUGCAAGCAUAUGCAGAUGUUCAGGCAGUCUUAGCAAAGUAUGAUGAUAUAAGCUUACCAAAAUCAGCAACAAUAUGUUACACAGCUGCAUUGCUCAAAGCCAGAGCUGUCUCUGACAAAUUUUCUCCAGAGGCUGCCUCAAGGCGAGGGCUGAGUACUGCAGAGAUGAAUGCAGUAGAAGCUAUUCACAGAGCAGUAGAAUUUAAUCCACAUGUGCCAAAAUAUCUACUAGAAAUGAAAAGCUUAAUUCUGCCCCCUGAACAUAUUCUGAAGAGAGGGGACAGUGAAGCAAUAGCAUAUGCUUUCUUUCAUCUUCAACACUGGAAAAGAGUAGAGGGGGCAUUGAAUCUCUUACACUGUACAUGGGAAGGCACUUUCAGAAUGAUCCCCUAUCCUUUGGAAAAAGGACAUCUCUUCUACCCAUAUCCUAUUUGUACAGAAACUGCAGAUAGAGAACUACUACCAUCAUUUCAUGAAGUUUCAGUUUACCCCAAGAAAGAGCUUCCAUUCUUCAUCCUCUUCACUGCUGGACUCUGUUCUUUCACAGCCAUGCUUGCCCUCCUGACACAUCAGUUCCCAGAGCUUAUGGGGGUCUUCGCAAAAGCUUUUCUCAGCACCCUCUUUGCUCCUUUAAAUUUUGUGAUGGAAAAAGUAGAAAGUAUCCUGCCCUCCAGUCUGUGGCACCAGCUGACAAGGAUCUGAGGGAGCACACCGCUGACUGACUGCCAUGACAUCUUCUGUGCCAACUUUUUGUUGACCACAAGAAAGCAUGAUAAAAAAGGGAAGCAGUUCUAAGACUUAAAAUCACUUCAUGGAUUGUCUGUUCUCAUAAAAACUGUUUUGUUGUACAAAUUACAUUGCUGUUAGGUUCUAUUAUAUUUUGCCUUCAGAAAGAAAAACUCAAAAAUAAACUUUUGUGUAUUGUA